GGGACCAGAGAGGAAAAGGGGGAUGCACUGGGCUAGGGAAAUCCCACCUCAGUCGCCUGAGCCCUCUGAGCGUCUCGUGUCAUGGGACAUCUGUACGCGCUUCCGCUAAUGGGGGUGACAAUUGUGGGCGGGUGAGGUCAGGGCGCUGCCAGGCACACCCCAUCCCGUGCGAUUCCAGGUGCUAGCUACCUGGCCCACGCUAGCGUUCUCUUCUGCCCGGGUUUUUGUUGCACCCUCCCCCACGUGUGAGCUGCCGGGCGACGGCGGUGGCGCGGGGGUUUGGGGGAGGGUGAGGUGAGAUGUCGCGGCGCUGUGGGCUGCGCGGACCUGAGUGGAGAGGUCACACCUCUUUCGGAAAAAAAUAAAAAAUAAAAACCCCAAGCUGGCUAGCAAGGUGAACCCAGAACGGUUCCCACCUUAAAAUCGGCCCUGCUCGUGACGUCAGGUCGGAAAUAUACCAAAGCGAGCGCCGGCCAGGAGUCCGGGGAGCGCGGCGGCGCGGCGAUUGGGCGGCGGACCGCUGACGCGCGCUGACGCGCGGAGACUUUAGGUGCAUGUUGGCAGCGGCAGCGCGAGCCACAUAAACAAAGGCACAUUGGCGGCCAGGGCCAGUCCGCCGGCGGCUCGCGCAAAGCUCCGCGAUCCCGCUCGCCAGCCCAGCCGGCCGCCUUCCCCUGCUCCCUCCCUGCUCUCUGCGUCUCGACUCCCUUCGCCCCUCUCACCCACCCUCCGCGACCCUGCCACCCGGACUCCCACAGGGAACUACACUUCGGCCGAGUUGAAUGAAUGAAGAGAGACGCGGAGAACUCCUCAGGAAGAGAUCUGACAGGCUGGACUCAACAUUGCUUUUGUAAAAAUCUUGGAAACUUUAUCCUUCAUUGAAUUACGACACUGUCCACCUUUAAUUUCUUCCAAAACGCCUGUAACUCGGCUGAAGCCAUGCCUUGUGUUCAGGCGCAGUAUGGGUCCUCGCCUCAAGGAGCCAGCCCCGCUUCUCAGAGCUACAGUUACCACUCUUCGGGAGAAUACAGCUCCGAUUUCUUAACUCCAGAGUUUGUCAAGUUUAGCAUGGACCUCACCAACACUGAAAUCACUGCCACCACUUCUCUCCCCAGCUUCAGUACCUUUAUGGACAACUACACCACAGGCUACGACGUCAAGCCACCUUGCUUGUACCAAAUGCCCCUGUCCGGACAGCAGUCCUCCAUUAAGGUAGAAGACAUUCAGAUGCACAACUACCAGCAACACAGCCACCUGCCCCCCCAGUCCGAGGAGAUGAUGCCGCACUCCGGGUCGGUUUACUACAAGCCCUCCUCGCCCCCGACACCCACCACCCCGGGCUUCCAGGUGCAGCACAGCCCCAUGUGGGACGACCCAGGCUCCCUCCACAACUUCCACCAGAACUACGUGGCCACCACGCACAUGAUCGAGCAGAGGAAAACGCCCGUCUCCCGCCUCUCCCUCUUCUCCUUUAAGCAGUCACCCCCAGGCACCCCCGUGUCUAGUUGCCAGAUGCGCUUCGACGGGCCCCUGCACGUCCCCAUGAACCCGGAGCCGUCGGGCAGCCACCACGUGGUGGACGGGCAGACCUUUGCUGUGCCCAAUCCCAUCCGAAAGCCCGCGUCCAUGGGCUUCCCAGGCCUGCAGAUCGGCCACGCGUCACAGCUGCUCGACACGCAGGUGCCCUCGCCGCCGUCGCGGGGCUCCCCCUCCAACGAGGGGCUGUGCGCCGUGUGCGGCGACAAUGCAGCCUGCCAGCACUACGGCGUGCGCACAUGUGAAGGUUGCAAAGGUUUCUUUAAGCGCACGGUGCAAAAAAACGCAAAAUACGUGUGUUUAGCAAAUAAAAACUGCCCAGUGGACAAGCGGCGCCGGAAUCGCUGUCAGUACUGCCGGUUUCAGAAGUGCCUGGCUGUUGGGAUGGUGAAAGAAGUGGUUCGCACCGACAGUUUAAAAGGCCGGAGAGGUCGUUUACCCUCGAAACCGAAGAGCCCACAGGAGCCCUCUCCCCCCUCCCCCCCGGUGAGUCUGAUCAGUGCCCUCGUCAGGGCCCAUGUCGACUCCAACCCGGCUAUGACCAGCCUGGACUAUUCCAGGUUCCAGGCGAACCCUGACUAUCAGAUGAGUGGAGAUGACACCCAGCAUAUCCAGCAAUUCUAUGAUCUCCUGACUGGCUCCAUGGAGAUCAUCAGGGGCUGGGCGGAGAAGAUCCCGGGUUUCGCUGACCUGCCCAAAGCCGACCAGGAUCUGCUUUUCGAGUCGGCUUUCUUAGAACUGUUUGUGCUGCGAUUAGCGUACAGGUCCAACCCAGUGGAGGGUAAACUCAUCUUUUGCAAUGGGGUGGUCUUGCACAGGUUGCAAUGCGUUCGUGGCUUUGGGGAAUGGAUUGAUUCCAUUGUUGAAUUCUCCUCCAACUUGCAGAAUAUGAACAUCGACAUUUCUGCCUUCUCCUGCAUUGCUGCCCUGGCUAUGGUCACAGAGAGACACGGGCUCAAGGAACCCAAGAGAGUGGAAGAACUGCAAAACAAGAUUGUAAAUUGUCUCAAAGACCACGUGACUUUCAAUAAUGGGGGGUUGAACCGCCCCAACUAUUUGUCCAAACUGUUGGGGAAGCUCCCAGAACUCCGUACCCUUUGCACACAGGGGCUACAGCGCAUUUUCUACCUGAAACUGGAAGACUUGGUACCACCGCCAGCAAUAAUUGACAAACUUUUCCUGGACACUCUACCUUUCUAAGACCUCCUCCCAUGCACUUCAAAGGAACUGGAAAGAAACCUAAGACUGUCCAGAGGGGGCAAGUCACAAGGGCAGAGAUAUCCCCCUGAGCUGCCUCAGCUCUAGCCAGCCCCCACCCCUUCCAUAAAACCCCCAGCUCCUUGAUCCCUAAUGAAAAAAACAAAAACUGUUGCUAUUUCCUAACCUGCAGGCAGAACCUGAAAGGGCAUUUUGGCUCCCGGGCAUCCUGGAUUUAGAACACGGACUACACACAAUACAGUGGUAUAAACUUUUUAUUAUGAGUUUCAAAAUCAGUUUAUUGUUCAGAAGAAAGAUUUCUAAUGUAUGAUGGGAAAUGUUUGGCCAUGUUUGAUUGUUGCAGUUAAAACAAAUGUAAUACACACACAGAGACACACACACACAUCGUAAGGGGACCCACAAAUAUUGCCCUUUAAAAGACUUCAAAGUUUUCUGCUGUAAAGAAAGCUGUAAUAUAUAGUAAAACUAAAUGUUGCGUGGGUGGCAUGAGUUGAAGAAGGCAAAGGCUUGUAAAUUUACCCAAUGCAGUUUGGCUUUUUAAAUUAUUUUGUGCCUAUUUAUGAAUAAAAUUCUAAAAGAUAAGUGUGUUUGCAAAAAAAAAAAAUAAACUACACAAAAAAGGGACAAGCAUGUUGAUUCUAGGUUGAAAAUGUUAUAGGCACUUGCUACUUCAGUAAUGUCUAUAUUAUAUAAAUAGUAUUUCAGACACUAUGUAGUCUGUUAGAUUUUAUAAAGAUUGGUAGUUAUCUGAGCUUAAACAUUUUCUCAAUUGUAAAAUAGAUGGGCACAAGUAUUACACAUCAGAAAAUCCUGACAAAAGGGACACAUAGUGUUUGUAACACCGUCCAACAUUCCUUGUUUGUAAGUGUUGUAUGUACUGUUGAUGUUGAUAAAAGAAAGUUUAUAUCUUGAUUAUUUUGUUGUCUAAAGCUAAACAAAACUUGCAUGCAGCAGCUUUUGACUGUUUCCAGAGUGCUUAUAAUAUACAUAACUCCCUGGAAAUUACUGAGCACUUUGAAUUUUUUUGUUUUUUUUUAAUGUCUAAAAUUGUCAGUUAAUAUAUUAUUUUAUGUUCGAGUAAGAAUUUUAAUAUUGCCAUCUUCUGUAGUAUUUUUCUUUGUAUAUUUCCAGUAUGGCACAUGAUAUGAGUCACUGCCUUUUUUUCUAUGGUGUAUGACAGUUAGAGACGCUGAUUUUUUUUUUCUGAUAAAUUCUUUCUUUGAGAAAGACAAUUUUAAUGUUUACAACAAUAAACUAUGUAAAUGAACAGAA